GCCUCGGGCCUAGGAUGGCUGCGGCGGCAGGGGCAGCUGUGGCGGCGGCGACGGCCGAGCCGGACGACGGGCCUCUCUUGCCAGGCUCUCCCGUGGGGCGACGGGCCGUCUGCUCCCGGCCCUACUUCGUCGUGCUGAUGGUGUUCGCGCAUCUCUACGUGAUCAACGUGCUGGGCUUGCUGCUCUUCGUGCACAUCAGCUCCGACGAUGGCGGGGAACGGGAGCCGAGGAAAGAGGCUCCUGGCCCCGUCCAGGAUGCGCCCCCCGUCCUGCCCGUUUCUUCAGGCCACUUGGACCCUCAGGCUCUGCCUCGCCUGCAGGGCAUUAAGGUGGGUCAUAAACAGAAGUUGCAACUGGUUCCUAACAAAAUCCAUGUUAUGAAAACUCUCAGCUUGAAACCCCUUCUUUUUGAAAUCCCAGAUUUCCUGAGUGAAGAUGAAUGUAAAUUAAUUAUACAUUUGGCUCAGCUGAAAGGUCUGCAGAAAAGCCAGAUAUUGCCCACGGAAGAUUACGAAGAAGCUAUGGAAAUGAUAGAUAUCAGCCAGAUGGAUAUCUUUAAUCUGCUAGAUCACAACCAGGAUGGGCAGUUGCAACUUAAGGAGGUGCUGACACAUACCCGCCUAGGAAAUGGUAGGUGGAUGACACCUGAGAGCAUCCGGGAGAUGUAUGCCGCAGUCAAAGCAGAUCCAGAUGGCAAUGGUGUUUUGACUUUGGAGGAAUUUAAACAAUUGAACAUUCGAGACUUCCAUAAAUACAUGGGUAGCCGAAAAGUGAAAAUGAGCGAUCUGGUGCGGAACAGCCAACAUACAUGGCUGUACCAAGGUGAGGGGGCACAUCAGGUCAUGCGCUCCAUACGGCAAAGGGUAAUUAACUUAACCCAUCUGCCACCAGAGAUUGUGGAGCAGAGUGAACCAAUGCAGGUAGUCCGCUAUGACCAGGGAGGGCAUUACCAUGCUCAUAUGGAUAGCGGACCAGUGUUUCCUGAAACUGCCUGUAGUCACACCAAACUGAUUGCCAAUGAAAGUGCUCCUUUUGAGACAUCUUGCCGCUAUGUGACAGUACUGUUCUACCUAAAUAAUGUGACGGGAGGAGGCGAAACCACUUUUCCUAUUGCAGAUAACAGGACUUACGAAGAAUUGUCUCUAAUCCAGAACGACGUUGAUCUACGUGAUACUCGAAAGCACUGUGAUAAGGGAAAUCUACGUGUAAAACCUCUGCAAGGCACUGCUGUUUUCUGGUAUAAUUACCUGCCCGAUGGGGAAGGCUGGGUUGGUGAUGUCGAUGAAUACUCUUUACACGGAGGCUGUUUGGUGACUGAAGGAACCAAGUGGAUCGCCAACAAUUGGAUUAAUGUUGAUCCCAAUAAGAGGCGACAGCUCCAGUUCCAGGAGGAAAUGGCUCGAUACACCAACAGUGAAAACGAGGACCAAAGCGAAUGGACUGUGGACAAAUCCUACAGCAAUGUCCAUGUAGAGCUGUAAUGUUUGGAGAUGCCUCUUGGUUGACUUGAAAGCACCUUUUUUGCACUAGCCAUUUUCAGCUCUUCUAUUCUCCCACAUUUCCCAAUUAUUGUGUUUCUUCAGAGAAUGUAAGGUUGCCUAUCUAGGUAGAUUGGAGAAAGGAGAAGCAGGGCACCUAAUGCAAUCUGAGGGGAAAAGGACUAUUUGGAAAGAAGGGACAGUAGCUGAGGGCAUAUUUUGAUUUAAUGGAUGGCUUUGCUUAAGGAGAUUUUGAGUCUGUCCAUGAAUCUCCCGUGACAUAUGCAAUCCACCUUUAAAGUUCCUUAUCGUCCUGAUUUGUUCUGCUGGAUGCAGUUUUCCUUUAGCUGGCUUUGUAACUAUAAUCUUGUAAUCUGCCCUUCUUUCCAUCUCUCAGUUUCUCGGACUUUUCAGGCAACUGAUACAGCUUACAUAAGGCUAGUAAAACCCACAUCAACAAAGCGAUUGCUGCAUAUUCUAGGUUGCUCUGUAGAGAGUAAAAGGGCUACUCUUAGCCUGCAUUGGGAACACAUCAGUAAAAUGGUAUAGAGGUUAAGAUGCUGGAUGAAGACCAAGGAAACCCAUGGUUCAGGUUCACCCUCUGCCUUGGAAGCUGAUUGGGUGAUUUUGGCAUCAAUUUCUCUCAGCCCAACCCCCCCUCUAUGAGUGGCUGUUGUGGGGAUAAAAUGAAGAGAGAUCUGACUUGGGCUUUUGUGCAAGGGCGGGGGGGGGAUCAUUCUAACCAGUACCAUUUGACAGCACAAAGUAUAUGUAUUCAGAAGUAAGCAAACUCCCAAGUGCAGGUGUAGACGAUUGCAGGCUUCAAUCCAGAGUUAUGCAAAGGGGUCAUGGGCAUGUUUCUGUGAAAAAGAGCAUGCAGGCCUAAAAGUACUAGAGGCCUUCCAUGGGACGGUGGAUGCUGAUCAUGGUAAUUUUUCUCAGGGUUGGACAUAGUUCUGAAUUACUAUUCGGAAAUAUUUAUACCAAUAAUUUUCAGGGAAGUAAUGGAACAGUUAAUAUGUGCAAUUGGAACGUGUGUUGUAUGUGCUGCAGUUGUGAUUUCAGCCAUUUGUGUGUUUGAGAAAUUGUUUACCUACGAGAAACCUUUUGUUCUGUUUAGGUUUUUUUUAAUUGGAGCCAGUGGCAUAGUAAUAUUCCUCCUAGAAGAUAAAUACGUAUUUAGAUAUGCAGUGUGGAACCAGCAAGGUUCUCAGUUAUGAGUUUUUUAAAAAGGUGUUCUGCAGGAUUAGGCUUAAGGUGUGCGCAGAUCAUAUAGUUUAGGCCUAAUUAUAUUGUUUCUCGUGAAAUGAAUAGCACUUUCCCACUCUUCCUCUGAAGUCAGUGAGAUACUGUCUCUGAAUGAGGGGCUAGAUAUAGCAGUCAAGGGUAAGAGCAUCUGGUAGUAGACCACUCCGAAAUGAAUUUAGCUCCUUUUUAAAUCUGUCCAAUAAGCAGCCUUGCUAAGCAACAUUUUGGACUGUGAACCACAUUGUCUGGAACAUACUUCCUAAUUUUUCUUCUGACAAAGCGCCUUCAAAUAAAAUACAGGCAGUCCUCGUUUAGCAACUGUCUCUUUUAGCAAUCGUUUGAUUGAAAAAGUAACAAUUAAUCCUCUCAUUUACAACCUUUGAGGGUCGGUGAAGCAAUGGGAAGCUGAAGUAAAAAUCAUGCGAACGAUUGAUGUUUCACUUAGUGACCGCUUUGCUUAACCGUUAAAUUGCUGGUCCAAUUCAGAUGGCUAAACAAGGACUGCUUGUAAUCUUCCGUCAUAACGAAGGUUCUUUGGACUUCUUAUCACUUGAUGGCCUUUUAUGCACUUUUCCUAACUUUAAAAUAAAUUGGGGUGGAAGGUGGGGUAAGAUUAAGUAAAAGGAAUUUCCUUUGUCUCAGUAUAGCUGCCAUUCCCCACUUCCUCGUUUAUUGCCUGCAGUACAGGUAGUCCUCGACUUGCACCACCAUUGAGCCCAACAUUUCUGUUGUGAGACAUUUGUUAAGUCAGAUUUGCCCCCAUUUUACGGCCUUUCUUGCCACAAUUAAGUGAAUCACUGCAAUUAUUACGUUAGCAACAGUUAUUCAGUGACUCUGACUUCCCCAUUGGCUUUGCUUAUGAGAAGGUUGUAGGUGAUCACAUGAUCCCAGGACAC